AUGGCAUUCAAUGAAGAACAAGCCCUGGCUUAUUCCAGCUAUUGGGAUAAUGGCUAUUCGAAAUCCGAUGGAGAGAAGCCAACACACGAGUGGUACCGCUCCUUCUCUGAGCUCAAGACUUUCUUCCAGGAUAAUCUGUUUAGCCAACAGAGUCUCAAAGCAGAAGACAACCCAAUGAUCCUGCAUCUUGGGUCAGGAGAUAGUGUUAUCCCAGCUGAGUUGGCUGUUCGCGGCUAUAAACACCAGCUAUGCGUCGAUUUCUCUCGAGUCGUUGUUGAAUUUAUGGCUGAGCGCCACAGCAAAAUAGAAGGAAUCGAGUGGAAGCAUAUGGACGUACGUGAUAUGGCUGAUAUUCCCGACAAAUCUAUCGACGUUGCCUUCGAUAAGGGGACAUUGGAUGUCAUGAUCUACGGCAGUCCUUGGAGCCCCCCCAACCAAGUCAAACAGGAUACUAGUAAAUACAUGAAAGAGGUCCACCGAGUGCUGAAAAAUGAUGGAGUGUUUCUCUAUGUUACUUUCCGGCAGCCACACUUUCAGAUACCUCUAUUAAGUUUGGAUAACUUGUGGCAUAUCGACGCCAACGUGCUCAGAGACGGCGACUCCUUCGAUUACUACGGAUAUGUGAUCAAGAAGGUGCUUAUAUCCCCAAUGAAUGUUGUCACGACGACAUAG